ACAGACUCUAAGAUGCCUCGCUCCUUAAGAGAGUGGUUCAAAGAUUACAGGUUAGAGCGACGCAUUCGCAAAAACCGCCUGGUCACUAAAGAUGGUCACUGCAACAUCGAGUUCGGCAAUGUAAUGCACAAAAAUGGCUUCGCCUAUGUCCUUGACUUCUGGACCACCUUGGUGGAGACGCGAUGGCGGUUCAUCCUUUUGUAUUUUGUGGCAUCCUACUGCCUUAACUGGUUCAUCUUCGGACUCUUCUGGUACUGGUUGGCCAGAAAUAAUGGCGACUUGUUUUGGCAAAAUCCAACACCAGAUCAUAAACCAUGCACUAUCAAUGUUAAUGAUAUGACUUAUGCUUUCCUCAAUGCAUUGGAGACCCAAACCGGAAUGGGGUGUGGCAAUCUGUUUGUCACUGAUCUAUGUCCUGGAGCCGUGCCUCUGAUUACAACCCAGAUGGUCAUAGGACUCUUUAUCAGUAUAUUCUGGUGUGGUAUAGUUAUAACCAAAAUCACCCUUCCAAAAAAGAGAGCCAAAACCAUCACCUUCAGCAAAUCUGCUGUCAUCUGCCCCAAAAAAGGCACUCUUUGCCUUCAAAUCCGUGUCGCCAACCUGCGCAAGACCUUAAUGAUCGGCAGUCAGAUUUACGGGAAGCUUCUGAGGACAACAGUCACUGGAGGUGAGACCGUCAUCCUGGACCAGGUCAGCAUUGACUUCAUGCUGGACGCUGGUAAGGACAAUCUAUUUUUCAUGUGUCCUUUAACCCUGUACCACAUCAUUGACAAAAGCAGCCCAUUUUUCGACAUGGCUGUGGACACUAUGCAUCAGCAGGACUUUGAGCUUGUGGUUUUCCUCGACGGCAUGGAUGAAUCCACCAGCUCCUCCUGCCAGGUCAGGACUUCAUACAUCCCUCAGGAGAUCAUGUGGGGCUAUGACUUUCUCCCGAUCAUCUCCCGCAGCAAAGAAAGAAGAUACCGAGUGGACUUUUCCAACAUUGCUAAAGUGGUGCCUGUUCCUACCGCACAUUGCUCCCGCUGUUACCACAAUGAGCCCGGAAACCAUCUCCAUCUCGAGAGCAUUGACAACAAGAGUUUUGAGGUGUUUGACUUGCAGCUUCCCAACGGCACCAACAUGUAAUGCUUUUUGACUGACUGGUCAACAUCUUGCACUAUGCCAGAAACAUUGAACACUAUGUCCCAAUCCAAGUUCUAUCCCUUUGCUCACCACCUUACCCCUUGUAUUAUGCAUUGACAUGAAGGCAUAAGGGUGUCCAAAUUCUGUGGAAAACCUUAAUAGCCCUUGAAAUGGAAAUUUUCCAGAACCACACUACUUGAAUUCCCUAUCAGAAAAGUAUAGUGGCUGGAAUUACCUUUUUAGUGUCUGGUGUUGUUUUGUUGUGUUUGCAUAGAUGAAUAUGGCCAUGGUGUAAAUGCACAGUACAGUUAUGAGCUUAUUACCACAUUAUAUCAUUAUGAUAACGUGAUAUUACGUGAUAUUGUUGCCUUCUGUGAUUUCCUUGAAGACAAAUACCAAAAAAUGCAACUGGAAUAACUACAGCAGUCGCCAUCAUCGAUCUCAUACAGUAUAAAGUAAGAGCUUGUGACGGCAUUUGGUAACGUGUGCUGGUGUUUUGUAGUGCGGUCCCAUUUCUUAGGGGUAAAUUUAAAGCCCUCCCAUCUCAGACACUGUUUCAGGGGCCAAGGGGAAGGGGUAAGGGUAAAACAAUUGCAUUGAGAUUGGGCCUAAUGUGAAAGAAGCAUUUCAAUCUCUCUAUUGGUACUUGAAUAGUAACACUGCAGGAUUUCUUUACUUUUAUCACAUGUAUUGCUUUACUCUUCACAAAAACAAUGGUUUUUGUUUCUUUCAUCUGAAAAAA